CAAUUAAAACAAAAUCAAUACGAGAGAUUAGGCGACCAAAACAAGAUAGCUUUGGAGAUAACAAUUUUGCCAACAAAAAUGAAACUGUCCAUACUCAAUUUCCACUGAAUUGGUUAUUUGGGUUCCAGGAUCGAAGUAUUUGAUUCAACUGGAGCACUGGGCAACUAAAGUUUCUAUUUUGUACCAAUUACUUGAGGACAGUUCAUGGCAUCAAGAUCAGACAAUUCAAUUAAGCCCCGAGAUGUAUGCAUUGUUGGUGUUGCUCGAACACCAAUGGGUGGCUUGCUUGGUACAAUCUCAUCUUUAUCCGCGACAAAGCUUGGUUCUAUAGCUAUUAAGAGUGCUCUUGAGAGGGCAAGCGUUGAUCCCUUACAAGUUCAAGAGGUAUUCUUUGGAAAUGUUCUCAGUGCAAAUUUAGGACAAGCCCCUGCUAGGCAGGCUGCUUUAGGUGCUGGGAUACCUGAUUCUGCUGUUUGCACAACCAUUAACAAAGUGUGUUCAUCAGGAUUAAAGGCAAUAAUGAUUGCUGCCCUUAGUAUUACAUCCGGUCUCAAUGAUGUUGUGGUGGCUGGUGGCAUGGAAAGCAUGUCUAAUGCGCCAAAAUAUUUAGUUCAGUCCAGAAGAGGAUUGAGGUUAGGACAUGAAUCUGUCAUUGACGGAAUGAUCAAGGAUGGACUAUGGGACGUUUACAAUGAUUUUGGGAUGGGACUGUGUGCUGAACUGUGUGCUGAUCAGUAUCAUUUCACAAGGGAAGAGCAGGAUGCUUAUGCUAUUCAAAGCUUUGAGCGAGGACUUGCUGCACAAAGCAGUGGUGCCUUUGCAUGGGAAAUAGUUCCGGUUAAAAUUCCUGGUGUUAGUGGGAAGCCAUCUAUAAUUGUUAACAAAGAUGAUGGCUUAAGGCAGUUUGAUGCCUCUAAACUGAGAAAGCUUAGACCCAGUUUUAGAGAAGGAGGUACUGUUACUGCAGGCAAUGCUUCUAUAAUAAGUGAUGGAGCUGCUGCUGUGGUUCUGGUUAGCGGGAAAAAGGUGCUUGAUCUUGGGUUGCGAGUAAUUGCCAAGAUCAGAGGAUAUGCAGAUGCUGCUCAGGCACCUGAGUUGUUUCCGACUGCUCCAGCACUUGCAAUACCAAAAGCAAUUAAAAAUUCUGGUCUGAAGGCCUCUGAUGUCGAUUACUAUGAGAUAAAUGAGGCAUUCUCUGUUGUAGCCCUUGCCAACCAAAGACUGCUCAAUAUUGAUGUUGAUAAACUGAACGUGCAUGGAGGAGCCGUGUCUUUGGGACAUCCAUUGGGGUGCAGUGGGGCUAGGAUCUUGGUCACUUUGCUAGGGGUGCUGAGGGAAAAGAAUGGAAUAGUUGGGGUUGCUGGAGUCUGCAAUGGAGGAGGAGGAGCUUCUGCCCUAGUUGUUGAGAUCAUGCCUGAAGCAAAGAUGACACGACCCAAGCUGUAGAAACUCGAAGUCAUGCCUAUGCUACAAACAUACAUGGCUUACUGUUCAUCUUUUCCUAUGUUUUGUUCACCUCAAAUAUAAUAAAAGGUACUCGGUUGGUGUUUUUGGGUUGAUGGUUGAAAUAUGAAUGAAUAAGGUGAAAGGGUUUGCAUAUUCAUUUCCUUCACAUUCAUCUCACUUUGGCUUGAUUUGUACUUGAGAUGACUUAGUAGCAAGUCUAUUCUACUUGGACUAUAUUUGGGUUCGAGAAAAUGUUAGGGAAAUGAGAGUUAUAGAAGUGGAUUUUAUGCUAUACGUAAAUGAGUAUAACCU